ACCAGGUGGUGCGAGGUGAUUUUUUUUUAUAAAAUAUUUGGGGGGUAUUGGGCGGCCUCUCUUGGGCUAGAGCUUCUAGCCUCCGUUUGAACAUCCGGCUGGCCUCAGGCGGCCGCGACUCAGCUCCGUCUCUCCGGCUGCCUGCUUCCACGACUAAGGUGUUGCGUCGGCGGCACCAUGCUUUUGGGAGUGACAGCUUGCAGUAGCAGCGGCGUCAGUGGAGUGCACGUGAGCAAUCGGCUGUUGCAACUUGAUCACUCUUCCUCUCUGCACAAGAAAUACAUCCCCCGUUGGCUCUGCCCGCAGUCGGUCUCCCUCCGUUUGCGCAACUUCGAGGGGUCGGUGAGAUCCAUGGCUGAUGUGGGGACAGCAUCGGUGCUAAAGAGCUCAUCAUCUGCUCAGCCAGGCUCUCGUAAUCCCGGUAGCAAACAGGCACUUAUAUCGUUGUCAGAUAAGCGGGACCUUGUUUUUGUAGGCAAAGGACUUCGUGACUUGGGGUAUUCAAUUGUUUCAACUGGAGGGACUGCAGCUACUCUAAAAGAAGCUGGGAUUUCUGUCAUUAAUGUAGAAGAAAUCACCAAUUUUCCCGAAAUGCUUGAUGGCCGCGUAAAAACUCUUCACCCCAUCAUACAUGGAGGAAUUCUUGCAAAAAGAGACCAGAUUCACCACAUGGAAGCUCUGGCUCAGCAUGAAAUCGGAACUUUUGAUGUCGUGAUUGUGAAUCUAUAUCCUUUCUAUGAUCGAGUUUCUGCUGGCAGUGGGGUCACUUUUGAGGAUGGAAUCGAGAAUAUUGAUAUUGGUGGUCCUGCAAUGAUUAGAGCUGCUGCAAAGAAUCACAAGGAUGUUCUUGUUGUUGUUGACUCCAAAGAUUAUCCAGCUUUGCUGGAAUAUUUGCAAGAAGGUAGUGAUGGUGAACAGUUCCGCAGAGAACUUGCAUGGAAGGCAUUUCAGCAUGUUGCUUCCUAUGAUUCAGCAGUCUCGGAAUGGUUAUGGAAGCAAACUGCAGGAGGCAAAUUCCCUCCAAACAUGACUCUCUCACUCUCCCAGAAAUCCUCUCUUAGAUACGGUGAAAAUCCUCAUCAGAAAGCUGCAUUUUAUGCUGACAAAAGCCUUUCAGAAGUUAAUGCAGGUGGCAUUGCUAGUGCUAUACAGCAUCAUGGAAAGGAAAUGUCAUACAACAACUAUUUAGAUGCAGAUGCUGCAUGGAAUUGUGUAUGUGAAUUCAAUAGUCCAACUUGUGUGGUUGUCAAACACACAAAUCCAUGUGGUGUAGCAUCACGCUCUGAUAUAUUGGAAGCUUACAGACUAGCAGUGAAAGCAGACCCAGUCAGUGCUUUUGGUGGCAUAGUGGCUUUCAAUGUGGAAGUCGAUGAGGAUCUUGCAAGAGAAAUCCGAGAAUUUAGAAGCCCAACAGAUGGUGAAACACGGAUGUUUUAUGAGAUUGUGGUUGCACCCAAAUAUUCAGAGCGUGGACUUGAGGUUCUCAAAGGAAAGUCAAAGAAUCUUAGAAUCCUCCAGGCAAACAAGAAUGGAAAAGGAAAGCUUUCCUUUAGACAAGUUGGUGGAGGAUGGCUAGUUCAGGAAUCUGACGAUUUGACGCCUAGUGAUAUUGAGUUUAAAGUAAUGUCUGAAAAAAAUCCUGAGGAGAGCACUUUUCGCGAUGCUGAGUUUGCAUGGCUCUGCGUGAAGCAUGUUAAAAGCAACGCUAUUGUGAUAGCAAAGGAUAAUCGUAUGUUGGGAAUGGGAAGUGGGCAACCCAAUAGACUGGAGAGCUUGAGGAUAGCAAUGAAGAAGGCAGGAGAAGAGGUUAAGGGUGCUGCUUUGGCUGGCGAUGCAUUUUUCCCAUUUGCUUGGAACGAUGCUGUGGAAGAAGCAUGCAGGAGUGGCAUUGGAAUCAUUGCUGAACCUGGUGGUAGCAUUAAAGACCAGGAUGCCGUUGAUUGCUGUAACAAGUAUGGUGUGUCCCUUCUCUUCACCAACGUCCGCCAUUUUAGGCACUAAAAUAAGUUGGCUACGUCAAAUCUUUUUCUAUUUCCUUGUGGCGUUGUCAGAGAAUUUUUGCCGGAAGGCACAGAAUAACAUGGUACCGUUAGCGAGCUUCCUUCACAACUGUUACCCUGUAUCUGUUACCCUGUAUCAAUUCCGUACUAUUUGAACACUUUCAUUGAAUGGCAUCACCUGGCACACCUGCACUACCUGGAA